AGGAAGGAACCCGAAGCUCUAAUCAGAAAUCCACUGGAAGGAGGAGAAAAAAAAAAGGCUCAGUGAGCAGGGAAGCAGGCAGGCAGGCAGGCAGGCAGGAAGACGAGCGAGCGCUCCAGCCGUGAUGACUUCAAGUAAGAUCGAGAUCCCCGGAGAGGUGAAGAGCGACCCGGCUGCUCUCAUGGCAUCCCUCCAGCUGAUGCCCUCGCCGGUGCCCAACCCGGAGAUCAAGCACACCAAGAUUUUCAUCAAUAAUGAGUGGCACCACUCCGUUAGUGGGAAGGUCUUCGCCGUCUACAACCCGGCUACCGGAGAGCAGAUCUGUGAGGUCCAGGAGGCAGAUAAGGCGGAUGUUGAUAAAGCGGUCCAGGCUGCUCGCCUCGCAUUUUCUCUGGGUUCGGUCUGGCGAAGGAUGGAUGCAUCGGAGAGAGGACGACUCCUGGCAAAACUGGCUGACCUGGUGGAGCGAGACAGCGUCUAUUUAGCAACUAUUGAGUCGCUGAACAGUGGGAAGCCUUUCCUGCCCACCCUGUUUGUCGAUCUCCAGGCAACUAUAAAGACCCUUAGAUACUUUGCCGGAUAUGCAGACAAGAUCCAUGGAACCUCCAUUCCAAUGGAUGGAGAGUAUUUGACAUUCACCAGAUAUGAGCCCAUCGGAGUUUGCGGACAAAUUAUCCCCUGGAACUUCCCUCUGAUGAUGACGGCGUGGAAGCUGGCCCCGGCGGUUGCGUGCGGAAACACCGUCGUCCUGAAACCAGCUGAGCAGACGCCGCUCACCUGCCUCUACAUAGCGGCUCUCGCCAAGGAGGCCGGGUUUCCACCGGGAGUCAUCAAUAUUUUGCCAGGAUACGGUCCAACAGCAGGAGCUGCAAUUGCUUCGCACAUGGGCAUAGACAAAGUGGCUUUCACGGGAUCAACCGAGGUCGGCAAGCUGAUCCAAGAGGCGGCGGGGAAGAGUAACCUGAAGAGAGUAACGCUGGAGCUGGGAGGGAAGAAUCCCAACAUCAUAUUUGCAGAUGCAGACUUGGACGUGGCGGUUGAACAGGCCCACCAGGGCGUGUUUUUCAACGCAGGCCAGUGCUGCACAGCGGGUUCCCGCAUAUAUGUGGAGGACUCCAUUUAUGAAGAGUUCGUCCGAAGGAGUGUGGAGCGAGCCAAGAGGAGGACAGUCGGCAGCCCCUUCGACCCAACGACCGAGCAAGGCCCACAGAUCAGUCGGGAGCAGCAGAAUCGUGUGUUGGAGUUGAUCCAGAGCGGCAUCGGUGAAGGAGCCAAGCUGGAGUGUGGAGGCAAAGCUCUGGGCCUGAAAGGGUUCUUCAUCGAGCCCACCGUGUUCUCCAACGUGACGGACGACAUGCGCAUCGCCAGAGAAGAGAUUUUUGGGCCGGUCCAGCAGAUUAUGAAGUUCAAAACGAUCGAAGAGGUGAUCGAAAGAGCCAACAACUCUGACUACGGUUUGGUCGCUGCUGUUUUCACCAGCGACAUCAACAAAGCCAUGACCAUAACCACAGCCCUGCAGGCCGGCACUGUGUGGAUAAACUGCUUCAAUGCUCUGAGCACACAGUGUCCGUUUGGAGGAUACAAAAUGUCUGGCAAUGGACGUGAAUUGGGAGAAAGUGGCCUGAGGGAGUACACAGAGCAGAAGACCAUCACAGUGAAGAUGGUCUCCAAAAACUCUUAAAGGCGGACACACUUCUCCUGGAGGAGGCCGCGUCUUCCUCACCGCCUUCAUCGCCUCACUGUCCACAGCAACAGACCACACCGACCGUCCAAACUAGCUCUCCGUGGUUGAAUUCAGGCUGUACUCACUCGCCGCCUCUGGUCCCCCCCCCCCCCCAUCACUAACUCUGCCUGGCGGUCAGCUGUUCCCCACGCGGCUAUCUCCAGGUCUCAACUGGCAACCACUGACCCCGCCCUCACACCGUGUACCUCCUCCACUAACGACACUAAAGCACUCACAGAGAUGGUUAGGGAGGCUGCGCUGACCGCGUCGUCCAAUAACAUCAUUCCCCCAGCCGCUGCAUCCCCCCCCACCCCCCCUCCCCUCUUCUCUCCAGAUGCUGGAUGCUCAGAGACUCGGUCGCUGCACUUGCAAUAAGCCCUUUACUCGUCACUUGUCACGUGUUGGGAAGCGUUUUUUUUUUUUUUUUUUCUUUUUGCUGUGCGGUAUGAUUGUCAAAAACCUCAUGUGUCAUUGUCUUGGUUAGAAUUUGCGAGAGCACGCCAGCUCAUUCGAGACCACUGAUAACGUUCGUCAGCCUCAGACGUGAACGGAUUGAAAUGUUAAUUCAGAGUUUAAAUUGACUUCUAAUUGUCUUUGUUUAUAUAUUAGCUCAUACGACCUAACACUGUAUGUAAACCUUCGACCGACGUAAAGAUGUUAAACUCUUAAAAAAAAAGCCUUUUACUCUCACUUGCUAAAAGAAAAAGAAAAGCGGAGUAGGUGUAUUUUAAACUUUUGUAACUGAUAUCAUUGAUGUCCAUCUAUGUUUAUGUUUAUACAACCGUAUGCUAUAAAAUUAUAAAAUGACUGUAGUUUUUUUUUUUUCAGUAAAAUGUUUGUUUUUUCCUGUAAAAGGUUUGAGUGUUUCAUUUAUUUUUUUUUAUUUUUUUUAUAGCUCUGUGUUAACUUAACAGUGGCUCAGGAGGUUGGGCAUUUUUUUUUAAAAUCAUAUCUGCAAAUUCAUUUCUCAUUAAAGUCAUCUGACUGAU